GGUGGCAGUAGACAGUGCAUCUACAGGAGAAGUGGCCCUUUGGAAUGCAUGGCUCUGUGACGGCUGGGAUGGUGGCAGUGGGGGGUGUGUGUGUGUUUUGAGGAGUGUUUAGUUGUUGAGCAGCUAGUACAUUGAAAAGAGCUUUCAACAGUGAGACAGGAGACUUAAGGCCUAGUCCAGGCUCACCUUGCUCUGUGACCUUGGCAAGUAUGUUGACCUCACUGAGCCUCAGUUUCCCCAUCUUUAAAGUGGGGCUCAAUAACCCUGCUCCACCCCUUUCUCAGGGCUGUUGUGAGGACAGUGGGAAACAAUUUAAGAGGAACACAGUGUCCUGGGAAGAGGAUCCUUUGGAGAAGCAGCAUGAAGGGAGCUGGGUUUGGGGGUGUUGGCUGGGCACUGAGGGUGCUGCUCAGCCUUGGGCCAGGCUUUGCUGUGAGGAUACCAAGAGGAAUCACGCUGAGACCAGUCCCCCUGGGAGCCCACACCCUGGUUCAGUGACUUGGAAACCUUUUGAACACAUGCCUCAUUUUGAAAACAAAGAGCUGCCGCCUUUAAUGUUUAACCGAGGUCACUUUCAAGUUUACAGGGUUGUGUUUUUUUUCCUGUUUUAAGCUUCACAAAAAUAUCUUUAAAUCACUGAUAAUGCCACCCUUUUCUCCAAGUUUGGGGUGCACUUCCCUACCUCCCCCUGUCCUUGAGAUCUGGUUGGAGGGAUAAGACAUAUCUAGACGAAGGGACUGGUGAUUGCAGCUGGAAGUGCCCAUGACCGAGCUGGCGUCCUCCGGGGGCGGGUCCCCUGCGGGGGACGGGGAGGAGGGUCUGGGGGACGAGCGAGGCCUGGUCAUCCACCACCCUGCAGAGGAGCAGCCCUACCGCUGCCCGCUGUGCGGCCAGACCUUCUCGCAGCAGCCCAGCCUGGUGCGGCACCAGAAGGCGCACGCCGGAGCGGGCCGCGCGGCUGCCUUCGUGUGUCCCGAGUGCGGCAAGGCCUUCAGCGUCAAGCACAACCUCGAGGUGCACCAGCGCACGCACACCGGGGAGCGGCCCUUCCCCUGCCCCGAGUGCGGCCGCUGCUUCAGCCUCAAGCAGAACCUGCUCACGCACCAGCGAAUCCACAGCGGCGAGAAGCCGCACCAGUGCGCGCAGUGCGGCCGCUGCUUCCGCGAGCCGCGCUUCCUGCUCAACCACCAGCGCACCCACGCGCGCAUGCCCGCGCCGCACCCGCGCCGCCCCGGCGUCUUCGGGGAGCGGCGGCCCUACUUCUGCCCCCGCUGCGGCAAGAGCUUCGCGCGCGAGGGCUCGCUCAAGACCCAUCAGCGCAGCCACGGCCACGGGCCCGAGGGCCAGGCGGCCCACUUAGGACGCGUGCUAUGAUGCGCCCGGGGCCUGCUGCCGACGGCUGCUUCCCGCCCCGCACGUGCGUCCCCGACCCCUGGAGAUGGCCCUGGGCCGCAGCUCUCUCUCUAGAUGGGAUCCCGGGAGAGGGGCAGCGCUGGCUUGGGCUCUUGAAGGUGUGGGCCGCCGCCAGGCUCCGGCCGCCCGCUCGCGUUCCUCCCUCGGGACCCUCUGGCUGGCUGCGCACAGCUGCUUCCGGCUCCUGCCAUGGUUCUCCUUCUCUGGCCCAUCCGGCCUAGAGCAGAAUGUCAGAGUUGAAAGAGACUUGGAGAGGCCACUUUCCACAAUCCCCACGCCCAACCUCAGCCCCCAGGCCUCCUGGCUCCUGUACACACUCUCUGCUGUCCUUGAGAUGUCAUUUCACUUCAUGUUUCAGUUUACUCAUCUUUGCAGAGUGGGCAGGAUCUUACGACCCGAUAGGUGCAGAACCCAUCUGGACACGGAGACCAGGAAUGGGGUUCCAUGGAGGCCUGGCUGGCACUGCACCUGGGCAUGAGGACACAUCCAGUAAGAAGACCUGCCUCAAGAGGUGCACUGCGGUGACCAGUGGAGGUGACUGGUUGGAGCCUGGAAUUGGAAGCAGAUUCCAAGCUCUGGUGGACAAACUCUCCAGGCCUGGUGGGAAUCACAGCUGGGGCAGACCUCAUCCUGGCUGCCUGGCCACAGGCCCCCACUCUCUGCCACUGGUGGUAGGACGAUGCCUGUGUGGAGAGCUGGCUUCUCUGCUCCCGCCUGGUCCACCACUUGGCUAGAGUUCAGAGACAGGAAGUGAUUGGUCUAAGCUAACACAGCAAGUUGGUGGCAGACCUGGUUCUAGAGGCAAAACCUUCUUCCAGAUGUGAAUGAAACCGGCAGGCUUCAUUUUCCUUUCUGAGCAGUGCUUCUUAGCUCUUUGGAGACACGAAGCCCUUGGAAAAUCUGAUGAAGGUUACGGACCUUCCCUAGGAAAACAGAUAACUGACGUAGACUCAAAAACCCCAAGCAAUUUCAGGAGCCACUGGACUCCCUGAAUGAAACCCAUCCCUGGACUCCAGGCUAAGAACCUCAGCCCUGGGGACUUCACCUGCUGCCCUUUCCUUACCUGUCACACAUUGAGCCCCGAGUCAAGGCCACUGUACAAGUAGUGCCCCUCCCUCCCCCUGGCCAAGCCUCCUUCCCUUGUUCAGGAAUAAAGAAUUCCGAGGA